AAAGACAAAUACGUCUCGUCGCGCGACCAAGGUGUGGCAAGUUUGCAAGAGACCGACACACACGCACGCACAGGUUUUUUUGAGGGGUUUAUUCAACAUUUUCUGAACGAGCCGGAUUGUUGCUGCGGUGUUGCAUUCAGGUUCCCCCGUUGACUGGGGACUCUUCCAUCCAGAGGAGGAAGGAAGGACAAAGGGCAGUUAUGACUGCUUUAUUCAACACACGGCAAAGCAACAUGUCCCAUAAGGUGCAGAAUCAGGGCGCCGCCAGCGUCCAAAUAGAGGAAGCCAAAGCAACGGACAACAGGCCUCCCAGGACCAAUCUGUUCUCCUUCUCCAACCUGAAGAAAGUGGACAACACCGACACCCAACGCCUCACCCAACUCCCACGCCAGGCUGCUGUCAACCUGGAGUUCAACGACCUGUCUUACAUCAUCCAGGAGGGGACCGUUUGUAGGAAGACAGGUUUCAAAACGCUCCUGAGUAGUCUAUACGGACAAUUUAACAGCAAAGAUCUCACCGCCAUCAUGGGACCCUCUGGAGCUGGGAAGUCCACCAUGAUGAACGUCCUGGCCGGAUAUAGGAAGUCAGGCAUGAGGGGCAAAAUCCUGGUGAAUGGUCGCCCGAGGGACUUGACAAAAUUCCAGAAGAUGUCUUGCUACAUCAUGCAGAGCGAUAUCUUGAUGCCUCACCUCUCGACAAAGGAGGCCAUGAUGGUGGCUGCCAAUCUGAAACUCAAUGAAACCAUGGCGGUGAAAAAGAAGAUUGUGACCGAGGUCCUGACCGCUUUAGGCCUUAUGAGCUGCGCUAAAACGCGUACCAACAAUCUCUCGGGGGGGCAGUCUAAAAGAUUGGCCAUUGCCCUCGAGCUGGUCAACAAUCCUCCCAUCAUGUUUUUCGAUGAGCCCAUCAGUGGUUUAGACAGUGCAACAUCCGUCCAAGUUAUCUCUCUCCUGAAGUGUCUGGCUAAUGGAGGCCGGACAAUCAUCUGCACCAUUCAUCAGCCCAGUGGCAACCUCUUUCAGAUGUUUGACAAGCUGUACAUCCUCAGUCAAGGACAAUGCAUAUAUAGGGGUACAGUCCCCCACCUCAUCCCUCACCUGAACAACCUCAACCUCCAUUGCCCGAAGUAUCACAAUCCGGCCGAUUUCAUCAUUGAGGUGGCGACAGGAGCACAUGGGGACAUGCAGGCCGUGUUGUUUCAGGCCGCUCAUGGCAGCCAGUGCUGCGAGGAGAGCAGGAAGAAGACGGGGGAAGAUGAGGAUUCUUCCGCCAACGCGUACCACUCUGAGCAGUCAGUCUUUGAGAUACAAUACUUUGCCACCAGUACAUUUAAACAGUUCUACAUCCUCUUCAAAAGAAACUUGACGGCCAUAUGCAGAGACGCGAUGCUGACCCAUCUGAGAGUGGUCUCCCAUAUCCUGAUCGGAGUCCUCAUCGGCCUGCUUUAUCUCAACAUCGGGAACGACGCGCUUAGUGCAUUCAACAACACUGGGUUCCUCUUCUUCUCCAUGCUGUUCCUCAUGUUCGCCGCUUUGAUGCCCACCGUUCUCACCUUUCCUCUGGAAAUGUCCGUGUUUAUAAGGGAGCACUUGAACUCCUGGUACAGCCUACAUGCCUACUAUUUGGCUAAAACAUGUGCAGAUAUACCAUUCCAGAUGAUCUGUCCAAUGCUGUACUGUAGUAUAGUAUACUGGAUGACUGCCCAGCCUCCAGAGAUUAUUCGCUUUCUGCUCUUCAUCUCCUUGUCCAUGUCCAUCGCCCUUGUUGCACAGUCCCUGGGGCUGCUCAUAGGGGCGGCAUCCCCGUCACCGCAGGUUGCCACCUUCGUUGGGCCGAUCACAGCCAUACCGAUCAUCCUCUUCUCUGGAUUCUUCGUGAAUUUCAGCACUAUCCCUUAUUACCUGAAGUGGACCUCUUACGUCUCCUAUGUCAGGUAUGGCUUCGAGGGAGUGAUCCUCUCCAUCUACGGGAUGGACCGCACGGAUCUGGAAUGUGCGCAAAUGCCGUGCACCUUCCAGGACCCAAAGCAAGUCCUGGUCAUGCUGGACGUGGCGGACGCAAAGCUGUACGUGGAUUUUAUCGUCCUGGGAAUUUUCUUCAUGGUCAUCAGGGUGGCCACUUAUCUUGUUCUGCGCUACAAAGUGAGCAUGGAUCGUUGAGCUCAAGUAAAUGCUGCGUUGUGUGUUCACUGGGAUGUUAAGACAACCAUCGCUGGUCGAACUUAAUUUCGGUUUGAAUUCCCCAUUGAAAUCAAUUAUAUUUGGUGUAAUAGAAUGUUACCAUCAUAAAACCUUUGUUGACUGGACAGUUAUGUAUUUGUAAUUGCAAAACAAGUAUAGAGCAAUAUUUUCCUUCAGUA